GGGGCCGGCAGUGCGCGGUGGGCCAGGCCGAGCAUAGCCGAGCUUGAAGGCCGCGUGCUGGGCCGGCGCUUCCCCACCUCCGGCACCGGCGGAGCGUUGAGGGAGAGGCGAGCUGCGGACGGGCCUCGGGCGGCGAGAGGCGGGCUGCGCUUCUGUCCGUCCGUUCGUGUCUCCUCCCCCAGCCCUUCCGUUAUCUCGGCCGUGCCAUAACAGCGGAAGGAUCGUGUUUCCUCGUGCGGUUUGCGCGAGCAGCAGCUGCUAAGCGAAGGACGUGCUGCUCGGCCGGGCUGGAAGCGAGGCGUUGCCGAGCGUGCCGUUUGGGUCGUCUGCUGCGGCCUAUUGAACAGCCGAGAAAGCAGGAAUUUCCCCUGGAGCGCUCUAGUUUUCUAUGGGUGACGAUUUUAUUUAAGGACUGUUAUGUGACAACUUAAAAUUUUCAUAUGAAACUUGAAAAUGGCUUCAAGAGGAACAACAGAGACCAGUAAACUGAAACAAAACUUGGAAGAGCAGUUGGACAGGCUAAUGCAGCAACUUCAAGAUCUGGAGGAAUGCAGAGAGGAGCUAGAUGCAGAUGAGUAUGAAGAAACCAAGAAAGAAACUCUAGAACAGCUGAGUGAGAUCAAUGACUCACUGAAGAAGAUUAUGUCUGGAGAUAUGACGUUGGUGGAUGAGCUCAGCGGCAUGCAACUGGCAAUACAGGCAGCCAUCAGCCAAGCAUUUAAAACUCCAGAAGUAAUUAGAAUGUUUGCAAAGAAACAACCAAGGCAAUUGAGGACAAGGUUGGCAGAGAUGGACCGAGACCUAAUGGUCGGGAAGCUGGGACGAGACCUGUACACACAACAGAAAGUUGAAAUCCUGACUGCUCUCAGGAAGCUCGGUGAGAAGCUGACACAAGAGGAUGAAACCUUCUUGUCAGCAAAUGCAGGUGCAGCCCUGAGCCAGUUUGAGAAAGUCUCCUCUGACCUCGGAUCAGGAGACAAAGUCUUCGCUCUAGCAAACUUUGAAGUAGAGAAGGCAAAGCAAUGAAGAGGUGUGUGAGACCUGUGAGACUCGAGUCUCUCCUGUUGUCAGCAGAAUUGGACUUUGGUCAUAUUGUAAUAGUUUUCUUUUUUUUU